CAAAACCAGCCAGCCAGAUCUCCAUGGUUCAGGAUCAAGCCCUGUUGGACGUUGUCUCCAUCACUAGAUUGGCCCCAGGAGAAUCACCAAAUCCUCAGCCAUUGGAGCAAAGAAAUAAACAUUUAGCAACAUCAGGCUCCAGCCCACUCAGUGCAAGAACAACUCCAGCAUCUUGCCCAGCCAGCCCCAGGCUCAGUCUGACACCCAGCUCAGCCAGUCCACAGCAAUUCUCUGACUCCUCUCCAGUCAGUCCAGGGAUCAAUGCAAGUUCCUUCUAUUCCUUUUGUCCUCACACAGCACAAAACUUAAAAGCUUCAGCAUCAGACCACACACUGACCCCACCCAGGAAAAGCACAAGGCCUCCAACAACGACUCCUGAAGAUAGUUCCCAGUCUCCUGACUAUUCUAAUACUGAAUUAAAGACUACAGGAAAGGGUUUUGAAUCAGAUCUGGAAGAUCCUGAUCAUGAAAGGAGAUUUGUAACUGUGAAGGAAUUCCAAGCCAUGGAGAAAGAACUAGAAGAUGUAAGAGAAGAACUGAAAUGCUUGAAGUGGAAAGUGAGACACGUUGGUGAGACAGUGCAGCCCCUGGCAGAAGAUAGCAAGCGUUACAACGGCUACACCCUAAAUGAGCUCAAGGCAAUGGUGGAGUUUGAAGAGGAUCCUUACAAAGCUGCACACAAAAUCCUAACUGUGCUCUUCAGUGAUGUGUACUUGCUACAGCACUCAGUCACCGAACAGGCCUGCAACUCAAGAUCUCUGCCCAAGCCCAAAAUAGACCCUGAGUUAUACACAGUGUACCGUGACAUUCUGAAAAGCAUAUUCCCUGGAAUUAGCAGUCAGACCUUGAGGGAAGAGACAUAACGUGCAGAAAAGGACACAGAAAGAAGUGCAAUAACAGCAUAGUCCACAAAAUCUUCUGCAAGAUGAGAAAUCUCUGAUGUUUUCAGAGCACUGAACUGUUGUGUGUAAAGUUAGCUGGGUCUAUCCC